CAUUCGUCACCCGAGCCCCUCUCUUCCUCACUCUCUGCCUCACUCUCUGGCCUCUGCCUCUCUGUCCUCUUGUCUCUGUCUCACGCCGUUGCACAUCUCGCCGUUGCACCUCCCAUCUCGCCGUGCCUGUAAGAACAUGAGAAUGUCAAAGAUUCUUUCCUUUAAUUUAUUGGAUUGAGCGAUAAGCGAAAAUGUAUCUCCAGUUCUAUAUAAACGAGAAUGGUGACAAAGUUUAUACCACUAAGAAAGAAUCGCCACUGGGACUGGCCACACAAUCUGCUCAUCCAGCCCGUUUCUCCCCUGAUGACAAAUACUCAAGGCAAAGAGUUCUUCUGAAGAAGCGUUUUGGAUUGUUGCCAAUCCAGCAGCCACCUCAAAAGUAUUGAUUCAGCUGAUAUACUGUCCUGUUUUGGAUUCGAUCUGAAUUUGAAGCUUCUUGCAUGAAAAAUUGAUGUAGUUUCUCUGCAACCUUGUCAUCAACUUAAAAUGUUUAGUGAUGUUAGAUAACAAACUUCCAGACAUUUGAGUUCCCUUAUAGUGAGGGAUGAGGGAGGAUGGUUGUGUUAAAAGCUCCUUUGUUCGUUGCAAUUCUAGUGAUUCAUCCAAUUGAGUAAUUAGGUAUUCAUAUAUUAAGGACAUGCGGUACUCAUCCUGUCAUGGAGUGUUAUCAGCUAAAAUUGAUGCUCGCACCAGCAUUUUGAAUUA